AGCUAGCUGGAGAACACACACACACACGCGCGCGCACACUGUGGUCGCGGCGUGCUCGACUUCGUGUUUCCUCCGACACAGACGCCUUCACUUGGGAUGUUGGAACUUAUUCUACAGCCUUGCAUUUGUGUUUCGUGAAGUAGAUAAACGAAGCACUGCUUGUAUUUUCAUCAAGGCCUGUGUGUUCAUCUUAGCACUUUUCCAGAAAUAUGGCGGACAGCGGAAAUUACUACAACGAGCAUGAUGAUAGAACUGGACCACAAUUUCGUAACCGUAAAGGCAGAGGCUCCAACAAGGGUCGGUCGCAUGACAGGUCUCGCAGAGACCGCCAAAGGGGAGGCCACUCUGGAGGCGUUGCAGCUCCUGGGCCACGGUCUAAGCUUGAAGAUACUGAUGCAGAUGUGACUAUGAGUGACGGCUCUCAGGACAACAGCACCCAGCACAGAUUCAACCCAUAUGGAAGACCUUUUCGGAAAGGAGGAGAUGGACGCUUUGAAAGAGACGGGCGCCAAGGCAAAGGGGGAGGAGGUGGUAGAGGAGGAGGUGGUAGAGGAGGAGACAGAGGUGGGGGUGGCAAUGGAGGAGGAAGGAGCCGGUCCGGCUGGUUUAAAGUGACGAUACCGCAUGGAAGAAAAUAUGACAAGAAAUGGUUAUUGCCUGCUCUUCAGAACAUCUGUUCGGUUCCCUUCACGGCUGUUCAGUUCUACGUUGACCAGUCCAGGGUCCAUUUCUAUGUGGAUGAAUCCUCUGUUGCCACUGCUUUGCACAAAUGUUCUCACAAGAUCACAGACACAGAUGGCUAUAAGGUGGAAGUGCACGUCAACCCCAGUGCUCCACCAUCCUUCCUCCUCGCUGACCUGAAACCUGAACACUUGGAGCACCUGAGGCAAUGCAUGGCAAAACGUUUUGAUGGCUCCCAGCAAGCACUGGACUUGAACAACAUCCGAACAGACCCAGACCUGGUUUCCCAAAACAUUGAAGUCGUCUUGAAUAGGAAGAACAACAUGGAAGCUGUCAUAAAGAUCAUUGAAGAGAACAUUCCAGAGCUGACGGGCUUGAACCUCAGCAACAACCGCAUUCAAAAACUGGAUGAACUCACUAAUUUGGUUACCAAGGUGCCUAAUCUGAAGACCCUCAACCUUUCCCACAAUGAGCUAAAGUCAGACCGCGAGCUGGAAAAGGUGAAAGGCCUGAAGCUGGUGGAGCUAUGGCUGAACAGGAACCCUCUGUGCGACCUCUUCAAGGAUCAGGCCUCGUACAUCAGUGCUGUGCGGCAGAAAUUUCCCCGGCUUCUCAAACUGGAUGGUCAUGACCUCCCCGCGCCCAUUAGAUUUGAUGUGGAAACGCCAACCAUUAUCCCCCCCUGCAAGGGCAGCUGCUUUGGCUCUGAUGAAAUCAAGGUCCUCAUCCUUCGGUUCUUGACACAAUACUACAGUAUCUACGACUCUGGGGACAGGCAGCCCCUCCUGGAUGCGUACCAUGACGGAGCAUCGUUAUCCCUCACAACACCAUACACGACACAGAACCCCUCUAGGAGCAGUCUUGGAGAGUAUCACAAAGACACUCGAAACCUGAAGAGAAUCAAAGACUCCACUGUGCGGUUUCGGCUUCUGAAGCACACGCGACUGAACGUGGUGGCUUUCCUCAACGAGUUGCCCAAAACUCAGCACGACAUUGCCUCCUUUAAUGUUGACGUAAACACCUUCACGAACACGCUGCUGUCGUUCACAGUGAGCGGAGUCUUCAAAGAAGUUGCUGUUGAUGGUAAAUCCCGAGAGUCCACCAUGGCUUUCUCUCGAGUUUUUGUCACAGUCCCGGCAGGAAAUUCUGGUCUGUGCAUUGUGAACGACCAGCUUUUCAUCCGGAUGGCCACAACGGAGGAGAUCCGCCGAGCUUUUAUUGCUCCUGCCCCAACUCCAUCUUCCAGCCCCGUCCCCACCCUCACUGCACCGCAGCAGGAAAUGAUCACGGCUUUUUCGCAAAAGUCUGGCAUGAACUUGGAAUGGUCCCAAAAGUGUUUGCUAGACAAUGAGUGGGAUUUCAACAAAGCGGCACAAGUUUUCACUCAGUUAAAGACGGAUGGCAAGAUCCCUGAAGUUGCAUUCAUAAAAUGAAGAGUUGAAUCAUACUUCCGUGAAAUAAAAUGUGCAGUUUUAAUUGUCUUUUUGUUUUAUUAAAAAUAAUUAUCAAGUUUGCUAUUUUGUUUUAACAGCCUGUUUGACCUGAAGACUGAUGUUAUGACACCAUUUUGGGUUGUUUUUGUUACCUUUAGUUUUUGGUCAUUUGUAUAGAAGUCACUCAUGUUUUCAUAGGAAUAAAGACAUAUAGCCAAUGG